CUAUGAGUAGAACCCGGAUGUUGGUGUCUGGGCCCAGGGAAUCGCAAUAUUUUACCUGUCGUAUUAGACACAGCAAGCUACAAAAAUGGGAAAUGAAAAUUCUUUGCCCAUGGAGUUAUGCUCAAAUUUUGAUCCAGAUGAGAUUAAGAGAUUAGGCAAACGUUUUCGUAAGCUUGAUUUGGAUAACUCUGGUUCCCUGAGCGUAGACGAGUUUAUGACUUUACCGGAACUACAACAAAAUCCACUGGUGCAGAGAGUGAUAGACAUAUUCGACACUGAUGGCAACGGAGAAGUAGAUUUCAAAGAAUUCAUCGAGGGUGUAUCACAAUUUAGUGUAAAAGGAGACAAGCUAUCAAAAUUAAGAUUUGCAUUUAAAAUCUACGACAUGGACAAGGACGGGUAUAUUUCCAAUGGAGAACUGUUUCAAGUACUAAAGAUGAUGGUAGGCAACAACCUUAAAGAUACGCAGCUUCAGCAGAUAGUGGAUAAGACCAUCAUCCAUGCUGAUGCUGAUGGAGAUGGAAAAAUCUCCUUUGAAGAAUUUUGUGCUGUUGUAGGAAAUAUGGAUGUCCACAAGAAGAUGGUCGUAGAUGUAUAGUCUUGUGAAAUCCAGAUUAAAUACAUUUUCAUUUUAACUUAUUUCCAUGACAUUGCAAUUAAUAUAAUGCUGCAGAUGAAUCCAUCGAUUUUCAAAAUUUGUUCCCAGUUUGUUCAUUGUUCUGAGUAUUGGUGUGCGAGUCAAGCUGGUUUAACAAAUGACCGCUGAUUCAGUGUCUUGUCUGAGGCCUCUGCUACACAUAUUUGUAUACCAAAGAACCUUUAUUGUAUCAAAUAUAUAUAUAUACACAUAAUAAUUCAACAAAGUUAAGAAAUAUUGUAGAAUGAAGAAAAAUAUUAUUUGACUUCAAAACUUCCAAACUUCCAUUGUAUUAAAACUGUAUUUGACUACCUUAUUUUCAAAUCUAUCAUAUUAUAGAUUUAACUGUCCCACAAGAAUCCUUCAUUAUGUUUUUUAUUGAAUAUUUUGUUGUUUGAGACAGAACCUUGAUACCUAUAUGGCUAUAUUUGAUAUAUGUAUAGCAUGUCCAAAGUUGAACUAACCUCAAUCUGCCAUUGUAUGUUAGCUGAGUUAGACAUUUAUAUAUUUUAGCGGAAGUAAUUUUCAGGAGUUUGAUUUAGCAAAGGAUAUUUUUAUUCAGUCUGCAAAGUACAAUUCUCAGACAAGACUUGAAUCAUUGACGAUUUCAAUAUAUUCCCUUUAAAUGACUUUUUCAAAUUUAAGGUAUUAUCGGAAAAAAAGGUAAAUCUGUAUGGAUUACAAGCACUGCUCAAUCUCUUAUUACAAACUUGAUGUUUGCAGUUGUUUUACUUAUUUGACUUAUAUUAUUCUGUUCUCUGUCCUGCUGACAUUAUAGUUGUAACAAAAAAAUGACCUCCAUGCAUAAUGGGUUUACCAUGAAAUGGGAGAUAACCCAGUUGGUAUAACGGGCAGUAUUAUAAGAACCACCAAGAUGUCAAGAGGACUUGCGCUGAUUUAAACACUGUCAUUCCUUGUAAAGUUGUGUGCUUUUCUAACAGUGUCUUAGAUAUUUUAGUGGACUGGUUGUAUGUGUUGUAAAAUUUGAUCCUUAACCACUUUCCUUAAAGUGUUUUUUUGCCCUUUUAACCUGAAAAGACUUCGUUGCAUGUUUUCCUGUCUACCGUUGAUUAACAGAAUUGCUGAGGACUGUAAAACUCACUUCAAUAUGAAUGUAUCAUGCAAGGCUAAAAUUGAACAGCAAACAAAAUUGAUACUACUGAAAGCAAGUUGAAUAACAAGUAAACAUCCACGCUCAUUAUCUGUGUAUAUCACUGCUUUCCAGACUGUUCAUAUCGAACAACAUCAACUUGUCAUGAAGGAAGUUUGAAGAUAUAUUGUGUGAGGUUGGAAAAAAAAGCUGACAAUUUUAUGUCAAUAAUGUAAAGAUAGAAGGCUUAUAGCAUUUUACAUUUGAUUGAAGUGAGGGUACAAAUUAUUUAUAUAUAUAAUAUAUAUAUAUAUAUAUACAUACAAACUAUUUAUGCUGUCAAAACAGUGCUACAACUAUGUAUGGGAGUGAACUUUAUUGUCUGUUAAAGUUUUGUUCUUUUAUUAUUUAUUACUUAUCAAAUUGACUUUCAUGUGUUUUAAUGUUACAAAUCUGUUUGGAUUGUUAAUGUUUUCUUGUUUAGUGUAUUCACUUGUUUUGUAUGAAGAGACGGUACCCUUUUAAAGACAUGCAAAGUUUGAUGCAUAUACAAGUUACACUGUCAUAACUUAUUACUGUUAUAUGCCAUUUUUAUAAUGCCACUGUCACAUGGUCAGGAAAAUAAAAAUGAUAGAACCAGCUUGAAUAGUUUUAGUAUUUGCACAAUAUGCUAUUCCGUCUUUGCGUUUUGCAGAGUUAUCUACUCUUGUGAGCAGGUAUUGAUUGUGACAUCAUUGGUUUGUG